AUGCCUCCUCUCGACGCCCCAGCCGCGCAACAACGGCGCCGCAUCCUGUUCGUCAGACGUCGCAUGAUCCCCCCACGCCUCUUUCUUAGCUACCUUAACUACAUCCUCAUCAUCAUCUUCGUUAUCCUAUUCGGGAAUAUCCUCUACUUCCUCUAUAGUGCGCCGCACUGUGAUGAACAUAGUGGGCUGUUAUGCUGGAACACCCCGUCAAGGGUUACAGAUCUCGAUAUCAUAGGUAUCAACGCUGGAGGGGUUAGUGGGCGUGAUAUCCCGCCGCCUU